UUGCCAUUGACGACAUGUUCAACUCACAGGAAGGAGAUCUGUUUACGUUACGAGUUAAAGAGUACGAAGACUUCUGAAACCAACCCGUGCUUAGUCUGCUCCCACACAGCUGCUCGGCAGUGCUAAGCUAACGCUCUUUAACGUAUUUAACGUUAACUAACUUUAGCGUUACAUUACAAGCACGAGCAACGAGAUGUGAGGGAGGCCGCCGGCUUAUCCCACUUCCACCAUGCACAUGGACAGUGGACUGGGAGAACUGGAGGCCCAGCUGGCCAGUAAAGAGCGUGAGUGGAAGGAGCUCCUGGCUUCAAGGGAUCGUCAGCUGGAGAGCUCCCUCAGUGAGGCGCAGGAGGAGUGCUUGUCCCUCAGAGAACGUUACCAGAAACUGAGGGAAGAUUUCCAGUUCAACCUCGCCAUCCUGGACGAACGAGACCUGGAGCUGGAGAGGUCCGACGUGCUGGCGGCCAGAGCUCUGAGUGAGGAGAGCGACAGGCAGCGGGAGCUGAAGAGCCUCCGUGUCCUCGUCCUUCAGCUGGAGAAGCAGAGAGACAGAGACGCUGUGGAGACGCAGCAGCAGCUGGACGAGCAGCAGCGCUCUGCGGCUGCAGAAUCUCAAAGGCUAACAGAGGAGCACGAAAGGAUGAAACGGGAUUUGCAGUGCAGAAUACAAGAGGUGGAGGGAGAGCUGAGCCUGCAGAGACAGGUGAGGACACACACACGCUUUCAUCCCUGUGAAUGUCCCGUGUCUAUAUAUAACACGCUUGUGUAUCAUGUAAUAAACAACUCUAAUACAGAUUAUUUUCUCACAUUUGAUGAUGUGUUUCUCUUCCCACAGGGUCUCACACCAAAGGCAGAUUCACUGGCAUUAGAGGAGAUCCGUGGUCUACAGCAGCAGAACAGCGUCCUGCGGGACGUGGUUACUCACAUGAGGAAGGACAUGGAGGGUCUCAUCCAUCUCCAACCCCAUCAUCAGGCAAUGCCACAGGCCUCCUCCCCUCAGCCAGGUCAGAAUCCAGGACCCCCUGCUGGCGUCGCCAUCCCUUCUACAGCUGACCCUCAGAGGCCCACAGGACCACCGGACCAAUCCACUAACAUCUCCUUCAAAGUUGGCCCAGGAGGUGGUCUGUGCUGGGAGGAAAGUGGCCACGCCUCUACUUGGGCAAAGCAGGAGUUCAGCCCGGAGCACAGCGAGUCGGCUCCGGCCGAUGUCACAGAGCAGAGAGGCCGGUCAGGUGCUGGCUUACGACGCGAGCCUCCUCUCCUGCGGUCCAGGCUGAAGCGGGCGGCUUCCUGCAUCGCCCGUCUGAGCAGAGAGAAGCAGCAGCUGAUAGAGAUGGGGAACCGCCUCCGAGCCCAGGUCACCACUGCUGGACCGCAGGGUGCAGCAGCACCAGUGGACCCAGAGAAGCCCAGAGAGCAGCGGGACCGGCUCCUUGCUCUGGAGCGACUGCAGUACCAGCUGACCACUCAGGAGCUGCAGUACGCACUGAUGCAGAGACCUGGCCCUUUGGCUGCACCACUCCUACCUGGAACCAACCACCCCGGUCCCACCACUGAAGGACCUGCCAACCCUUGGUCCCGGGGCCACAAAACCAGAGACAGGCCUGAGGACAGAGAGAGCCGCCUCAGCCAGUCCCAGGGCCCGCUGGACGUGGAGCUGUCCGGGUGUCGGUUAUCAUCAGACGGGUCACUGCGCUCCUUAAAAGAGCUGUGGGAGAUUCUGGACGGUGGACUCAGUCCAUCUAUUGUCUCAGAAGGUGAGGGUGAGCUGAGCGGGAAGAAGCUGGCGGACUCUGGUGAUGCUGGAGUUCAGAUGACAGUGUUUGGUCGCUGUGCACCCAUCCAUGGCCUGCCCCCAUCCGCGGUCCAGCCCAGGAAGUGCCCUCCUAAAAGCCCAUCAAACCCCACCAAGACCAGCAAGCCUGCACCCACUGGCAGGACCUGCACCAUCAGAAACUACAACGUUAAAGACUGACAUGGACACGUGUCACUCUGUCAGUGUCUGGUCAUAAGUCCUACUCGUCCCCUGAGAACAGAACCCUGAUUAUGUCACUUAUGUAGGAGUGUGGAUGUAGCUGCUUUGUAGUAAAUUCCCUUUUUGUUUUUCUUUCCCUUAAAUACGGUUCCAAGAUGUGCCAAAUUGUCUCUUUAUUGAUUGAAGUGUUCAGAGGUAAAUGUGACCGUGAAGCUCCAGGGUCAAAGAGCUCCACAAAGGUCCAUUUGAGUUUCCAACGGUGGCCUCACCAAAGUCGGUCCCCCCUGGUGGUUCGUAGUUCACCAGACAGCCAGAGGACAUCCUGUGUUAACCAAGAGCUGCUCUGUCCCCCCGAGGCCUUUAUCUCUCCUCACAUUCACUGGCAUCUCUCUUCCUUGAACCCUUUAAAAAUACAUCAAAUACCAUAAAAAGCCUUUGCAAUAAAGCCACAAGGUGAAAAGAAACUUUACAUUGUUGAAGCUCCGUAAUGUCUCAGAAAUCUGACUCACCUCAUUGCAAUAAAGCUGCAGAGCUCCAUCCUGUUAUUCUGCAUAAA